ACGCGCGUUAGUACUUUACAUUGUGAUGCACUCUUGACCUCUAACCUGGCAUGUUGCGGAAUCUUACGAAAUCUUCCUGAAGAAACUUCUCUCCCUGUAACGUCAGAAAAAUAACGGCUAUAGCCCAAGAUGAUCACGUUUGUGCACAUAUGCUAUAUCCUCCUACAGGACACUCUGAGAAAAUUGUCGGACGCAUGGUGGCAGAGGAACACCAGAGCACUGUGCACUGAAGGGGACAGCUCAACAAAUGAAGACACUGUAGAAGGAGGAGACCAGAAAGGGACUAACAAAGGUGAAAAUAAUCAAGACAAAAAUCUAGGGAUAAAAAGCAGCAAGAGUUGGAGACUGCCGGUAGAGGUCCCUGACAAAGACUGGAUACAGGAUUCUGUGGUAGAGAAGGAGAGUGCAGAAGCAAACAGAACAGGCAAUGAGGAAAUUGAUGUAAGAAUUCCAGGAGAGCUUUCUAGAUCCAACCCUGAAGUCUCUCCAACCUUCCUAGCACAUCUGGAAAGAACUAAAGAGCAACAUACAAGAGAAACAGAAGAGGAAAGAAUGGCAGAGAGGAAGGACCAAGUGGCUAGGGAGCUCGUACAGCGUGGGGAAGCGAUUUUGAAGAUGAAGGUUAACAGGCAGAAGUACACGUGGAGAGAGUGGUAUGAGGAUAUAGAUGUGCUGUGGGCAAACAAGUGGUUCAACAGGUCAUCUGAGCUUCUUCAGGAAGGAUUUGCAAUGGUGUCCAACUCGUACUGUUUCACGCUGUACCUGAUGGAAGAGAGUCGCGGGCUCCGAGCCGCCAAGUCCUACUCACUGGCCAAUUAUGUCAUCAUGGAGUUUGAGAACUGGCUGAGGAGGCAGAGCAUCAUGGGAAGGAGUCCACAGUGUGAGAUAACCCCCCACAUGAAGCUCCAGGCAGUGAAGAUCGGGAUGGUGGGGCAUGCCAACCUGUUCGACCCACUCUGCCGUGUCUUCCACCUCGUGGGACCAGGGAACGAGUUUCUAGCAGAGCAUGUGGAGAUUCUGUUACACAAACAGCAAUAUAAAGAGGCCAUUCAUUGUGCAACCAAACUACAGCUUCAACAGUUCUUCGUCUUUGAAGAGAUUGCUGUGCCCUUGAUCCUCCAAGACAAGGUCAACAUGGUGGAGAGUUACAUUCAAGGUCAACAUGACCUUCAGGUAGCCAUGGUACAGUUGAUUGACAGCUGGUGUGCACAGGACUUUCGUAUGGACGACUAUCUGAAUGAGAGCACAGUUCCCUAUAUCAAGAGAGAGAAGUUGAAAAGGCGCCACCUUACCAAGCUGGCAGCUCGACUCAUUAAGCAAUACAGUCUACCUCCAGAGUUGUGCCCUAAUGUCAACAUACACAGGAAUCUUGGUGGCUUGAAGUUCAUCCUAUACAAGAAUUACAUACAGGGUGGCCUGGGGUCAGACAAUCUGGAUGAACUGAUACAGCAAUCCAUAGGAGACAGCCCUUUCCUACAUGAACAGCUAGUGGACCUGUUGGUUGGGUAUAAUGACAUGGAGGCUGCAGCACAGUGGGCCAGAAGGUGCAACGUUCCCGGGGAGAGACUUCCACCAGGCGUUGCCCAGGCCAUGGAGAAACUGGCAGAGGAGGCUGGAUCAUCUGCAGAAGCUGGUGAGGAGAACUGGGAGGAUGAGGUGGAAGAUGUGGAGAGCAGAUACUAUCAGAUGCCUCUCCACAUGGAGUUCAUUGACGUCAUUGGCACAGAGAAGGGACUAAGCAGCUGUGCGCAGAGACUCCUUCAGCCUGGUACAAUGGUAGGGUUAGAUGCAGAGUGGAGACCUUCGUUUGGAAACACUUUGAUCACUCAGAGGGUUUCCAUAGUGCAGCUGGCAAUCAAAGACAAGGUGUACAUCCUGGACAUGAUUGCACUGGUACAGAACACAGAGGUGGGGAAGCUGCAGGACUUCUUUUCCAGCCUCCUAGCCAGCCAGGACAUCAUCAUUAUAGGAUAUGGAAUUGACGGAGACUUCCAGAUGUUGGGCAGAUCCUACCCUUUCCUCAGGGAGGCCUUGUCUAAACGCAAGAGGGUCAUCGACCUAUCACAUGUAGCCGCAAGGGUCCACAAAGCUAACCCUGCUUUGCUGACGUUUGAUGCGGGAGAAACGGCCGAUGACGACUUCACAGGUGGAGCUUCCGCGAAGUCCGAUGCCCACGGCCUGUCUCAGCUGGUGCAGCAGUGUUUGGGACUUCCUCUGGCCAAAACAGAACAGCUGUCAGACUGGGAGAGACGCCCUCUCAGGAAGGCUCAGAUCCUGUAUGCCUCGCUGGAUGCAUACUGUCUUCUAGAGGUAUAUGACGUCCUGACAAAGAGAGUGAAGGAUGCUGGGAUUGCCAUUGACUUUGAAGCCCCUGCAGCCGGUAAGAAAAGCACAAGCGGUGGUGACAAGGGCAAGAAGGAGAAGAAGAAGAAGAAAGGAGAUGGCAAGGGGCCAAGAAAGCCUCCCACUGCACCUUGGAGUAAAGCAGGUAACAGCAGAAGCGUGUCCGCCCCAGGAAAGCCAACGAGCCCCCCCAUCCGUCCCGGAGAGCUGUCCGUGGUGUGUGACACCAUGCUGCAGGGGAUGGGGCGCCAGCUCAGGUGCUGCGGGGUCGAUGUCAGGAUCCUGGAGAACACCGACGAUCACGAUCGAGCAGCAGAGAUCGCCAGGUUAGAGAAGAGGAUUAUCCUGACCUGUGGCAUGCCUUACCAAACGCUGAGGUCGCAGGUAGGGGAAGGCAGGUGCCUGUGUUUAGACUCAGGUGUGGGACCGAGGGAACAGGUGCUGCAGGUGCUCCAGCACUUCAAUGUCAAGGUCACGCAGAGAGACAUCUUCAGCAGGUGUCAGGUGUGCAAUGGGAACAGGUACCUCCGCAUUCCGGCAGGAGAAAUGCGGCGUGCGCUGGACCGCAAACAGGAGCUGCUGCUGUGGGAGAGGGAGAUCUCCGGGGGAGAGGGGGCGGAAUGUGGGCCCCGCUCUUCAGAUGCAAAUUCCACCACCGCGCAUCUGAAUGACAGGCAUGAUGGGAGCAUUCUCGGGGAGAGCGACAUUCCUGUGGAGGGAGGGGCUAAUCCCGACGGUCCUGACGUGAAGGCCCCGGUGAGCAGGAACAAGGGCGGACAAGAUAAUGGCUCAUCUUUCCCGCCCUUUGCAGCACAAGGGGCCGGCUAUCAGGGUCUCGCAGGCACGAGAGCGGACCCCACGUCUAGGAGAAUAGUGGGUCAGAUUCGGGGAUCGUUAAACUUGGCUGGAGCAGAGGAAAAAUUUUUCACAUCGUUAGAUAAACAAUCUGAUGAUGGUGGGGUCGAGGAAAGCGCUUUGUCGUACAAUCCAACCUGCUUCUACUCGGACGGGAGGAUCAACAUGGAAUCUGUCACCAUUGGGGCGGGCGUUCCGCUUCAGAUCGACGCGGUUCCGCCGGGAAUUCUGACGAAGGUGUCGGAAUUCUUCUGCUGCGAGACCUGCGGGAAGGUGUUCUGGGAAGGGCGACAUUUCGAGCGGGUGAUCUCGCAGUUCGCUGAUGUCUUGAGCGACAUCGAGGAGGGAAAGGCAGCUGGAACUGUGUACAGCAAGGCAGAGUAGGGACUUUACUACUCAGCAGGGCUCUAGCCAGCAACCUUCAUUUCAUCAAUUGACAAAAUCAGAUUUGAAGACCAUCCUGACAUAAAUCAGAGGGUAGAGAUAUAAAAUGUCCAAAUUUGAAUAAAAUGACAGGCACAAUGACAGAAAAAAUUCUUUGUUGGAUCCUCCCAUCAAUAGAUGAUGGGAAAAAUUCAAGCUUGUGAGAGCCUGGCUAUUCUCCAAGCAGAGGUUGGGUCGCGGAGAUAUAGUAAUGGUCAGGGAUGCGUGCCGGUAAAAAAGCCUGACCACUACUAUAUCUCCACAACCAAACCUCUGCUUGGAGAAUAGAGCCCAGCUGCUAGCUUGGGUUCAGUCCCCUGUAGUACCUGCUGGUUCAAUGUUUUCGCUUGCUAUGUUCAAGCAGAAAGAUUGUGUUAGCCUGUUUCUACAGAGGAUGGCAACCCGGCUACGAUGCUGCACAGGGACUGGUCAAUAGACAAAAAAAUGAUCAAUUGAUCAAAAUCUGUUGUCAACAACCUCAGUAGCAGGGCAGUUGACAUAAGCAUAGAGAACAAAAUGUCAAGUAAAUAGCAAAUUGCUCAAGAAAAUUAAGAACAAACAUGAAGCGUGUUACGUCCAAUACUGCUUUAUUUUGACAUAAACACAAGACAAUCCUAGAAUAGAUAGACACUAAAACUUUACUUCCUAACCAUGUAUCCAAGCCUACAGUAGUUGCAGAUUCUUACAGGAACAAAGAGACUCAGCAGCAGCACCUAUGAUAGGUUUGUAUACAAAGCUAGUUAGUAGGAGGCGUUUCCGUUGAUACUGUUUAAUACUGCAUGAUACUUCUAUUUUUUUAUGAUGAGUGGAGAAUAAGUGCAAAGGUGCAAACUCAGGGCUACAUCUCUGUCGCAAUAUGUUGAAUCUUCCUGACUUUACUCUCUAGUGAUUUGAUUUUUAAUCUAUGUCUUUUGCAUACCUACAACAAUUGAAAACAAAUUAUCAUGCAGAAGAAAAAGGACCUUUUGGAAUGGACCAAAGCUUACAAGGCUAGACUUCAGACUAACCCUGUAAGUUGUAUGAAAAAUUCAAUAUACUCCCAAUUAUUGGCCAAGAACAAUCUGUAGAAAACUGUACAAUUUGGUUCAUGUCAAGUUUUAGAUUAAAGAUGUAUCAAUGGAUUUACAAUGAACACAAGAUGUUGAUUGCUUGACAUUUUAUCUGGUGAAAAUUGUCAAACACAGAGAGGUGAAAGAAGCUGCAAUUUUUAAUUUGCUAUUAAAGAUUAAUUUGUUCAAUA